UUCUAGGUGACACCGGAAGGAGAAGUGUCAGCAAAAUGAGUUGAAGUUUUUGAACACUUGGCACAAAACAGUAGUAUAACUCUUGCACAUUGGUUCUGCGCAGGAGGACUGCAAGGGCUGUUAUUGUUAGAAGUUGUGGAUUUUGACAUUUCGAAAGAGUGCUUCCGAAAAGUAUGAAUGACUUUGCAGUUCUCAACACGGGCCGAAAGAUGCCCCUCAUUGGACUGGGAACAUGGAAGAGUGAGCCAGGAAAGGUGAAACAGGCAGUUAUUUGGGCACUGGAGGCUGGGUAUCGCCACAUUGACUGUGCAUCCGUCUAUGGAAAUGAGGCUGAGAUCGGAGAAGCCCUCAAUGAGACACUCGGCCCCAGCAAGUCCCUGAGACGAGAGGAUGUGUUCAUCACAUCCAAACUUUGGAACACCUCACAUCACCCAGAGGAUGUGGAGCCGGCCCUCCUGAAAACCCUGAAGGACCUGAGGCUGGAGUACCUGGACCUGUAUCUCAUCCACUGGCCCUACGCCUUCCAACAAGGAGAUGUUACUUUUCCCAGAAAGGAGGAUGGCACCAUGCUGUAUGACGACAUAGACUACAAGUUGACCUGGGCUGCCAUGGAGAAGCUGGUGGGGAAGGGUCUCGUCCGUUCCAUUGGCCUUUCCAACUUCAACAGUCGGCAGAUUGAUGACAUUCUCUCUGUCGCCAGCAUCAAACCAACUGUCCUACAGGUAGAGAGCCACCCUUACCUGGGUCAGGUAGAACUGCUGGCCCACUGUCGGGACCGGGGCCUGGUGAUGACGGCCUACAGCCCCCUGGGUUCUCCUGAGCAUGCCUGGAAACAUCCAGAUGAACCGGUCGUGCUUCAGGAGCCUGCGAUCGCCGUCCUUGCAGACAAAUAUCAAAAGUCUCCUGCUCAGAUUAUCCUGAGGUGGCAGGCACAACGAGGUGUGGUGACAAUCCCGAAGAGUGUGACACAGUCACGUAUCAAAGAGAACCUCCAGGUGUUUGACUUUGUCCUUGAAGCAGAGGAAAUGAAAAGUAUUACAGCACUGAACAAAGGCUGGCGCUACAUUGUACCGAUGAUUGAAGUGGAUGGAAAGAGAGUUCCCAGGGAUGCAGGACAUCCUUUCUACCCUUUUAAUGACCCCUACUGACGUCUCACACUACAAGCUGAAUUUGUGCCUUCUACAACCCAUCACCUUCCCACAACACUGGAUCCUGGCAUUGAAAAUUGUCUUUAGAUGAAGUUGAAUCCUGCACUUAUAAUUAGAACAUUUCAAGCUACUUCUGGUGAUGAGGUACACCUGUACACAUUAUUUUUUAAAUAAACAUUUUGUUACUUCAA